GGGCGUUUGUUAAAUAGCCGGCGACGACGGGAUGGGUGGCAGACAUAACACGUCCUCUCGCUUUCUCUUGUAGGUUACGAUGAGGCACCGAGAGCGGAGCAGCGGCGACAACAGCAGCUGUUGCUGAUGCCUGGCCAGCGCGUUCGACUGGCUGUGGGCCGUUGUGACAGUUGCGAGCGUCUUUCCGCCCUCUCCUCGAGCUGUUUAUGUGCGUGAGGUUCCGCGCGCGUCGCCAGACGGUUGCUUGGCCGGUUCGACCGGAGCCCUGUCGACGUCCGUCGUGGUGGCGGCCUGUCACAUCUGCGAACCUAACGCGCUUCCGGAACUCCAGUAAGGAACCAUGCGGCUAUGUGGGGCGCUUCUAAAAAGCCCCAUUCCCAAACAAAUCGAAUACUACUCUCGUUUUUCCCCGUCGCCGCUCUCUAUUAAGCAGUUCCUGGACUUCGGUAACCGCCCAGCCGCCCUGUUUAGGGUGACUCGCUCCUUCCUUCAUCAGGGAGUUCGGGAAGAACCCUUGCAAGGGCGUGCUGAGGAUUUCGGACAAUAUCUGCACGAUAAAAUCGCUCAGAUUCAGGAUGGCCUGGACUCAGAUUGGGUAGAUUCGGACAGGAUGACGGAGGGCGUGAUAAUGCAUGUGAGAAAACAUCAUACAUGUUCCUGAGAAAAGAGCUUCCUGUGCGACUUGCUAAUACAAUGAGAGAAGUAAAUUUGUUGCCUGACAACUUGUUGAAUAGACCUUCUGUUAAGCUAGUACAAAGUUGGUAUAUGCAGAGCUUUCUUGAGCUUUUAGAGUAUGAAAAUAAAAGUCCUGAAGAUCCACAUGUUUUAGAUAACUUUUUAGAUAUCUUAAUUAAAGUCAGGAAUCGACACAAUGAUGUUGUUCCUACCAUGGCCCAAGGAGUUAUUGAAUACAAAGAAAAGUAUGGAUUUGAUCCUUUUGUGAGCAGUAAUAUUCAAUAUUUUUUAGACAGAUUCUAUACCAAUCGCAUCUCAUUUCGCAUGCUUAUUAAUCAGCACACGCUGCUUUUUGGCGGAGUCACCAAUCCUGCUCAUCCAAAACAUAUUGGGAGCAUUGAUCCUACUUGUAAUGUGGCUGAUGUAGUAGAAGAUGCCUUUGCAACUGCCAAGAUGUUGUGUGACCAGUAUUAUCAAGUAGCACCUGAUUUGGAAAUUGAAGAAUUUAAUGCUAAAGCACCAGGCAGGCCCAUUCAGGUUGUCUAUGUACCCUCACAUUUGUUUCAUAUGCUUUUCGAGUUGUUUAAGAAUUCAAUGCGAGCUACAGUGGAGCUACAUGAAGGUAAAUGUAAAAGCUAUCCAUCAAUUAAAACAUUAGUCACUUUGGGAAAAGAAGACCUAUCAAUAAAGAUAAGUGAUAAAGGUGGUGGUGUACCUCUGAGAAAAAUAGAUCGCCUUUUUAAUUAUAUGUAUUCAACUGCUCCCAGGCCUAAUUUGGAGCCAUCAAGAGCUGUACCUUUGGCUGGAUAUGGGUAUGGUCUGCCAAUUUCUCGUCUUUAUGCUCGAUAUUUUCAAGGUGACCUCAAAUUAUAUUCUAUGGAAGGAGUUGGUACAGAUGCAGUAAUCUAUUUGAAGGCACUAUCAAGUGAAUCGUUUGAAAGACUACCAGUUUUUAAUAAGUCAGCUUGGCGACAUUACAAAACCACUCCAGAAGCGGAUGAUUGGAGUAACCCUAGCAGUGAACCCAGGGAUGCUUCCAAGUAUAAAGCUAACAGAUAAUUCAGCAUUUUCACCUUGAUACAUACUUGCAUUCAACAAUGCUUUGUUUCAGUUUCCAAACUCCUCUAAAUAUAGGUUUCUUUAGAAAAAUCUGUUUAGGAAUUUGAAAUAGCAAGAACAGAGGACUUUGAAGGACUGGCAUUAUGCAUUUUUGGUGUGAGGUAUUGUAAUUACUUUGCCAAAACAUGCUUGGUUACUAAGUCAUAAAUUACAGAGAGAAUUGCACUAUGACUGCAAUUAGAUUAUAAAAUUGUAUAGUAAAAAGGUACUAUUUUUUAGGAUCACUUUCUAGUCCUAUGUAAUAAUUGAAAAAAAUGUUUUGACUUGUUAUUUGACAGUAAUGUCUUGCACAGCAUUAUAAUGGAACAAAAAAUCUUGUGUACUUGAAUAUGUGCAUAGGAAACUCAUUGCUGCAUUUUUAUAUGGCACUAUAUAAUUCGCUAUCUAAAAAAAUGCUCAUCAUUAUGGAAGUUUGUCAGAUCUUACAUCAGUAUAUAAUUGUUGAAGUUAUCCAAAAAGUCCUUAGGGCUUUAAAUGUUUUGUUUCUAAUUCCCAGUUUGAAGAGGCAGCUUAUUUAAUGCUGAUUUUGUUUUCAUGGAAAAUAGUAAGACUUUCAUUUUGCAGUCAUGAUCUUGAUAAAAUUUUCCUUUUUUGGUUAAUAACUUCAACACUUUAAAUGCAUAAACUGCAUCUUCUGCUAGGCCAAAUCUAUUGAUAAAUAAGACAAUUAUGUUUUAUAAUUGAAGUAUUUUAUACUGAUUGUAAAAAAUGAGUAAUUUCAAAUGUUGGCUUCAUAACAUCAAAUAUUUAAUUUACAGUAUUAACGUUAGUAUUUUAGUCAUUUGAGAUCCAUUUAUAUCAAAAUGAAAAUAAUUAGCAAAAGGAUCAUAAAAGGAAUGUCAAAUAUUGUUAAAUUAAAUAUUGAACAGCACCUUGACAUAAAUAUCUAAAAAUUGUUUAAGAUUUUUUUUAAUGGAAAAAAAGAAUAAAGGUGAAACAGAAGACACGUUUGAAUGAAACUGCCUCUGACAUUAUGACUAGAAAUAGAAUUUGAUUUUCAAAGAAAUCAAGUAAGAAUUGUUGUAAUAUUUUUUCAAUAUACAUAUUUAUGUCUCUAAUUAUAUACAAGCGUUUAAUCAUGGUUAUUAAUUUUAUGCUAUUACCUUCUUUCUGAGCAUCAGAAAUCCUUUGUACUCUGAAAAACAUCCCUAUUAGCUCUAUGUAUAUUUCUAGUAGCUCACAAUUUAAUUAAAAAGAAAAUAAGGUAUAGAGUGAUCAACAGAGUUAUCGUAUAUCAACUUUUAGAACUCCUUAUCUUGUGUGUAGAACUAUUAAUCUUACUGGGUUAAAGUGUCUUGGCACCUGAAAAUCAGAGGUAGUAAAUUCUUUGUUUUUCAUAUAAAAAGAACAAGAAUGAAAAAAUGUAUUCAUUUAAAAUAUAUAAUAUAAAAUAUAUUCAAAUCUCUUCCAGAAGAUUUGAAAUGGAUACUAUUUGAUUGAGCGCCAGUUUGGUGUAGUAAUUAAAGCAUCAGACCAGAAACUGGGAGAUUGUAAUUCUUAUCUCACUUUAGACACAAAGCCAACUGGGUGACCUUGGGCCAAUCACAGUUUCUUGGCACUAGGAAGAAGGCAAUGGUAAACCACUUCCAAAAAUCUCUCCAAGAAAACUGUAAGGAUUAUUCACACAGUUUCCAAGACUUAACUUAAAGGCAUCCCUGCCUCUCAAACUACAGUACUGGAUUAAAAUUUAUAUUUCUGUCUUAGAUAUGACUGUGCCAUUUUGCUGUGGAAUUAUUUUUAAAGAUAUAAUAAUAAUAACAACAACAACAACAACAACAACAGGUUGUAAGGGAUCUUGGAGGUCUUCUAGUCCAACCCCCUGCCCAGGCAGGAAACCCUACACCAUUUCAGACAAAUGGUUAUCCAACAUUUUCUUAAAAAUUUCCAGUGUUGGAGCAUUCACCACUUCUGCAGGCAAGUUGUUCCACUGAUUAAUUGUUCUAACUGUCAGGAAAUUUCUCCUUGGUUCUAAGUUGCUUCUCUCCUUGAUUAGUUUUCACCCAUUGCUUCUUGUUCUACCCUCUGGUGCUUUGAAGAAUAGUUUGACUCCCUCUUCUUUGUGGCAACCCCUGAGAUAUUGGAACACUGCUGUCAUGUCUCCCCUAGUCCUUCUUCUCAUUAAACUAGACAUACCGAGUUCCUGCAACCCUUCUUCAUAUGUUUUAGCCUCCAGUCCCCUAAUCAUCUUCGUUGCUCUUCUCUGCACUCUUUCUAGAGUCUCAACAUCCUUUUUACAUCGUGGCGACCAAAACUGAAUGCAAUAUUCCAAGUGUGGCCUUACCAAGGCAUUAUAAAGUGGUAUUAACACUUCAUGUGUUCUUGAUUCUAUCCCUCUGUUUAUGCAGCCCAGAACUGUUGGCUUUUUUGGCAGCUGCUGCACACUGCUGGCUCAUGUCUAAAUGUUGUCCACUAGGACUCCAAGAUCCUUUUCACAGUCACUACUAUUGAGCAAGGUACCACAUAUACGGUACCUGUGCAUUUUGUGUUUUUUGCCUAAAUGUAGAACCUUACUUUUUUCACUGUUGAAUUUCAUUUUGUUAGAUAGCAUCCAGUGUUCAAGUCUGUCAAGAUCCUUCUGUAUCUUGAGUCUAUCUUCUGGAGUAUUGGCCAUUCCUGCCAGCUUGGUGUCAUCUGCAAGUUUGAUGAGUUCCCCAUCUAUCCCCUUGUCCAAGUCAUUGAUGAAGAUGUUGAAGAGUACUGGGCCUAAAACAAAGCCUUGGGGUACUCCACUGCAUACUUCCCUCCAUGUGGAUGUAGUUCCAUUGAGGACUACACUUUGAGUUCGGUUGGUCAGCCAAUUACGAAUCCAUCUGGUGGUGGUGCUGUCUAACCCACAUUUUUCUACUGUUGCCUUUUGGAAUGUCUUGUUUAUUCCUCAGACUAGCCUGCAGUCUUGGGAUUUCCUGAAAUAUUUUCCCAUCCAGUUACUAAUCUGAGCUGACCCUAUUGAGCUUUUCAGAGUCAGCUGAGAUUGGCUAAAACCACUCAACUAGCUGUUAGGUGUUAGCCACUAGGUAGAAAAUAAGGUCUGGAUAAAAGCAAAUUAUAUGUUUCUUCCUUCUGUAGUUUCAAUUACACUGUUGUGCUCUUUUGUAUAAGUUGUGGUCUCAAAUAUGGGCAACUUCAUGCUAAAGUCUCAUGAUUCUUGUUUUACACACAGAAAUGUGAUUUAAGUAUAAAUGCAGCAUUUUAAUGUUUGGAAGAAUUGUAGUAAUAUUAUCUGUAGAAUAAUUUGAAGCCAAAUUAGAAAUUAAAUUCAGCUCUGUGUCUCUAUUAUUACAUAUAAAAAGUAGUAUUGGAGUAAAAUAGCAUUAGGAAGAAAAGCUUCAUAAAACUUAUUCUAGACUUGUUUCUCUACUAAAAUGGCUCUCAAAUGCUUUUUUAUCUAUAUCAUUUCCCAUUGAGAUGCUUGGUUUUAACAAACAGGAUAAGGAUUCAACUGUUGCUUCUUUUUUUAUUUCCAAAGAUUUUCAAGGAUUCUGUGGGAUUUUUUAAAUAAAUAAAUUAUAGUGAAAUGUCAGUUUAACAGAUCAGUUGGGAGGGAAUGCCCAUUAAUUUUGCAUAUCCAUCAAAAUGCAAAUUAAAUAAUUUGUGGUGAUCUGAAUCAUUUGUGCAAAUGGCAAACUGAGGCAAAUAACGUGAUUUGCAUCUUUGAGUAAGGAUGUCAUUACAAAAAUGAUACAAACUGGAUAUAAAUUUAACUAAUUUUUAACUGUCUAGAGUAUUUUGGAUGCAAUUGGUGUUAUUUUGGAGGUGAAAGGUAUAAAUUUAGUCAAUUAUAUUCAAAGUCCACUAAAUCAAGGUUUAUGAAUUCCAUUGAGAAAGAGAAAUGUUGGAUUCUCAAAGACAUCUUGAUUGGUUCUAUUCGAUUUUACUAAGGGAAGGCAAGUGUAAUGUAUAAUAUGUGAUUUCUCUGCAAUGCACUUUCUCAAAACUUUGUCUCAUUUCUUUUUGAGAAAUAUUCUGGUAGCUGUAAAUGCUCUAAUGUAUCGGAAUUCAGGCAUUUAUUUUUUAAAAUAUCUGGAAUACAUUAGUAUCUCAGCAAGGUUGGAUUGGGGAGAGAGUAGAGGGCAAAAAAUAUGUCCAAUGCAAUCAGUACUUUGUGAUAUAGAAUAGAAAUCACCAAAAUGUAGAGUGCUUGCUAAUGGAUAAACUGUUUUCAAUUAAAAAGCAUUUUGCAGGUUUUUUUUUCUCUUCCUUUUUUUAAAGUAUCAAAAAGAAUAAAAAAAUUAAGGGGAAAACAUAAAAUGGAACAUUAAAAAUUUCAGUUGCUUUAAAACGGGUGUCAAACUCGUGUCGUCACAUCAUCACAUGACAUUGUGACUUUUCCCCUCUGCUAAACCAGGGGUGGGCGUGGCCAGCACAUGAUGCAUCCAGCCUACGGGCUUGACACCCCUGCUUUAAAAUGUAUAAUUCUGUUGAAGGAUUGUACAGUAGAAGUCUUAUUUGGGAAAAACCAGUGAUGGCAAUGAUUUUAGUAUUAACUUGUAGAGACAUUAGGAAGAAAAUGACUGGAUUCAUGUAUGUGCUAUUUUAGUUUAUUUAACCAUUGAUCAUUCACAUAUCACACUAAACAAAACCAACCAAGUCAUCCUCUAGUGUAGCACAAUGUGUGGAAGCCACUAAGUUGUUUUAUUUCUUUCAUACAGGUAGCAAUAAUGGCAGUGCCAGUUCUUGGCUGAUGCAAAAAGAAAGUUUCAGCUAUCUUGGAAUCCUCCUGCUGUAAGAACAUAACGUCUCCACCCUUACAGAGUGCUGUACUCCUUUCUCUCAAAAUUAUUUGAAAAUCUAGGAUUUAACAGCAUCUUAAAAUUCUUUGCAUCUUGGCUCUCUCCUCUGAAAUUGAAAUUGUCCUCAAUCAAGGGUACUUUACUCAUUCCACAGAAAUUAGUCUGUUUUUAAAUUCAUUAAUCCUGUUAACCUAAAUGAAAGUUAUAUGUCACUGUUAGGUAGUGGUAUUUUUAUUUUGUUAGAAUAGAACUUUAUUUGGUUAGAAAGCCUUUUCCUUUCCUAAGAGGAAGAAAAACUGGUUAAUGCACAUUUAUUGAAUAUAAUCAAAUAUUAGCUCAUUGGUAUUUUUAUUUUAUUUUAUUUUAUUUUAUUUUAUUUUUUAUUUUUUUUAUUUACAUUUAUAUCCCGCCCUUUUCCGAAGACUCAUGGCGGCUUACAGUGUAUAAGGCAAUAGUCUCAUUCUAUUUGUAUAUUUACAAAGUCAACUUAUUGCCCCCCCAACAAUCUGGGUCCUCAUUUUACCUACCUUAUAAAGGAUGGAAGGCUGAGUCAACCUUGGGCCGGGCUUGAACCUGCAGUAAUUGCAGGCUAUUGUGUUCUAAUAACAGGCUCCUAACAGCCUGAGCUAUCCACGGCCCGUAUUAUCCACGGUAUAAUAUGUCGGCCCAUAUUAUCCACGGUAUAAUAUGAGAGAGGAAAUAGCUCCUUUUAUAUGCUUUUUAAAUUAUUUUUAAUAAUGAUAUAAAAAUAAGAAUAAUGCCAGCAGGAAGAAAUGGCAAUGAUUAUAAAUGAAGAAAACAUAAAACACCAAAAUAUAUUGUGAUGAUUAAAAUAAAAAUAAAAAAGAGGAAAAACUAACAAAAAUGUAAACAGAUUUCUGUAAUAUCCACAGGUAUUGGUACAAAAUUAAUCCAGUCCAUAUAUUAAAUAUGUCAGAUGAAAAUAUAUUUCAUCUUAUUUUCAGAAUACAUAAAUGUCUGAAAAGGAUCGAAAAUCAUAUCCUGAACUCAAUCCUUAAAAACAGAUGGAUAUUUGCAUUUAGAUAAAAUUAUUCUCUUAGCCUUGCCCAGGCUUGAUGAAGCCAAAACAGAUUCCAUGUUUUAAAAUUAUAUUUCAACAUCAUAUUAAACAUUUAAGCGGGUGGGGUGGUUCUCAGAAUUUAUUGACAUAUGUAGUAAUUUGAAAAUAAUAUGACGUAGCUGAACCAGAUCAUAUGAAUUAAGGAAUCUUCAAAUCUUUUACAGCAUUAGCAUAAAAAAAUCUUAAUGCCUAACCCUUUUAAAACAGUUAAGAAUGAUACAAAAGCUUGACUUACUUUCUGGUGAAUUAAUUUUGUUUUUAAAUCAUAGGAAGUAUAGUUUAUAUUUCUUAACAUCAGAACCCACUAACCCUUCAAAAUUUGAGUAUUCCAGUUCUUCAUUCCAUAAUUUAGAUAAAGAACUGAUACAAAUUUAUUUUUUUGUUUUUUAUUUAAAUUGGAUUAAUGGUUUCCAUUAGAGUGCUGCUUCUAUUGAGGAUCCUAAAAUUUCAGGUAACUCUGCUAAUGUAUUUGAGCCAUUUUGCUUAGUAUAUGUCUCAAUUGUAUCUAUUGAUAUGUGAAUGUUGUAGGAAAGUUAUGUUCAAAAUACAGUCUCACAAAAGUUUUUGAAACAACCUUUAGAAGUGAACAAGUUUAGAAGUCAACAAGUCAACAAGUACAGGUAGUCCUCAAGUUACGAAUGUAAUGGAGCCUGCAAAUUUCUUUUAUAACCUGAAGAUUUGCAGGAGUGAAUCAACUAACUUAAACAGUAUUGUGUAACACGUUCUAGAAUUCUGGAGUUGCCAUAUAUAAAGUUAUUUCACUGUAAAUGCUGUAUAUGUCCCUUCUUCCCUGCAUAUUGUGCAAUAAAAAUACUAAAAUGAU